ACCCUUUGUGAUUAUCUUGAAGCAUCACUUGUCGCAAUCUUCAUAUUACUUUCGCUUUGUGUUGACGGGAGGAAACAGCACUGCGACGUGAAUUCAGUAGCCUAUAUCCUUGGUAUAGCCCCGGUAUCCCCUAAUCUUCAUCGGAUGCGCUCUUAAAUGCGCUGCUGCUCACCGAACGUUUCAGAGAUCUCAGGUUAUGAUGCUGCGUGUAUUUCAUCAAAUGCUCGCAGUCAAACAAUAACCAAAAUAUUUUCCAUUGUACGGACUGCGUUCUCACCAGCAGCGAACCGCACCACGGCACGAAUUGAAUCGGAACCGGGACUACCCUUUUUUUGGCGAACCACGGUGUGCGGAUAGAGUAUUCACACGAGUGUAGUGCAAGUCUCUUCGAGGUUUAUCAAUCAUCACCUCACCCCGUGGAGGGAAGUCCACCUCCAACAUACUUUCUGUUCAGUCUUAUAUCAUGCCUGAUACGAUCAGAUGAUAUAAUAACCUCAAUAUGAUAUGCAAUUACAUAAGGGAGAUGCAGUAUAUGCCUAUAUGUCAUGGCUUUCUCAGUGCUAUUACACAUAUUAUCCACUAUCCUGAACCCUAAACUUAAUGUAAUGAUUUAGAGGUCAUCACGUUAAAUAAAUACACAUUUAGAUGUGUCUAUUGAAUGUUGUGAUGGUAGCAGAUGUUCAUAUGAAUAAUGACUCACUCACUGCUUGUAGCAGCUCACUAUAUUGACCCACCAAGGAAAGGCAAUCACAAAUUUCACUUGGCUCCUGGGUGAAACAGGAUAGUACAGGAUGCAUCAACCUUCACAACACUCUCGAUAAAUUCUCUCCGUCUUUCUCACUCUAUUUUUCUUUCCUUCCUUUUUUCUCGCACCCUCUCCGUCCCUGCCUCCCUCUCCUUAUCCACCUUCACUCCCUCUUUCUCAUCUCACUCCCUCUCUCAAUCCCUCUCCCCCUCAGCCAAACAUUGAUCCCUGUGUGCCACUUCAAUACGUUAAUGAACUCCCCUGUGUGUGUGGAGGCAGGGAUAGAGUGAGCAAUAAGCUGCACCUCAUGCAGAGGUGUCAUUUACCAGGAUCCAUGGCCCCUCCUCUCUCCCCAUUACCUGCUUUCUGAUGUCCCAUCUGUAUAUUAAACCAAACUUCAUUAACUUACCUUCGCCGAACCUGCACUCUCAAAAUCGUUAAGCUAAACAAAACUUGUUUUUGGCAUAAGAAGCCUCUCAUUUCCCAGUGCACCUCAUUUUCUUAAUAAACUUCGCUAGGUCAGCGUCAGCGAUUAGCAUACACAUCUGGGUCGGGAAUUGGAAUAUGCGUACACAGCAGUUUUAUAUGCUGCUAUUCAGCAUUUUAAUGGCAAGCAUUACACAGAUGGACAUUUCAAUUACAUGUAAGAGUAAAGAGAUAGAACAAUGAGACUUAGUCUGUUUAAAAUGCACCCUUGAGUAUUAAUCAUUUAGACACAUCUCCCCUUAUUGUGAAUAAAUAAUGUGUAAAGCUAGAAUAUGAAUCCGGGGUUGAAGGUGAUUGGAGGUGGGUAGUGAGUGAGAGAAGGGUGAACUUGAGUCACAUCACCCUUCUCGUCAGAGCUCUGCCAUUAUUAUUGUGUGUGUGUGUGUGUGUGUGUGUGUGUGUGUGCGUGCGUGCGUGCGUGCGUGUGUGCAUGCGUGUGUGUGCGUGCGUGUGUGUGCGCGUGUGUGUGGCUUGACAUUUAUAUAAGUCAAUGGUGUGACCUUGGUGUUAAUAAAAGGAGCAAAAUAUAAAUGUUGAUUAAAGCCAGUGUGUCAGGUCAGCUUUUAUAGGAAUGGUUUCCACAAACUCAUCAUUAGAAAAGCCUCCCUGUUGUGUAGGCAACACUUUCCUGAGAAUUGAAAAUGGCUGUGGGAGUUUUCCCCAGACCUCACUGACUGUAGCUAUGAGCAUGAUUUAAUCAUAUCGGUGAAUGUUAUUGACUGGAAACUCAAUCAAAUGUCUUGCAUGUCCGGGAUCAUAAUUUCUAAGCAUAAAUAGAUCAUAAACUCCAGCUUUACAUAAGAUAAUUAAACGAUAGACCAACAGUUUAAAUUAGGUUACGUUAACAGAGACACAGUUACUGUACAUAGGAAACAAUGAAGUCUGGAUCCAAGUUCCAACACAUAUUGUAGAUAUGCCACUUCCGUUCUGCUUCCUGUUGACAGUCUAUGUGUCUAUAUUUAAACAGUGUGAUAUAAAAUACUCCAAUACCCGACUGCCAAAAAUCUCUUGAGCCAUUAUUGGACAUAACCGUCUUCGGAAAGACCAUCGUCUGCUGGUGUACUGAAAACCAAACCCCAUUGGCACAUGGAAUACAUACAGUCAGUGAGCAGUUGGCAUGAACCCAGCUGUGCCAUUGCUAACAUUCUAUUUAUACCCUAGGGUCCAGGGGCCAUUUUAGAAGAGCCUUGUCUAUUCUUAGUUUGUGUCUAGGUCAUUAUGUGAAUGGAUUCUGCUUCUCCACACUAAGACAAAGCAGGCACCAUGCUGACUAGCAUUACAGAUGGGAUCCUGUGCUGUCUGACUGGGAAGGCUGCCAGCCUGGUGAUGCCCGUCGACUCUUCUGAGCCAGCGGACACCUUCGAGUUUGUAGAAGUGAAGCCUGGGAGAGUCCUCAGGGUUCGCCACAUCAUGCCCGAGCGCCGGGCACCCGUAGUGACGGAGGAGGACCAAGUAAAAGAGCCAGAGCAGGAGAAGGGCAGUGGAAACAGCAACAACAGUAGCAGUGUGCACUGCAAGCGCAAGAUCACUGUCUACCGCAACGGCCAGCUAGUCAUUGAGAACCUUGGUGACGUGCUGCACUCUGAGAUUGUCCAGUGCCAGAAUGGAGACCUGGAGCCCUGCAGCACCGUGGAGGUGGAACUGGCCGACUAUAAGGAAGUGCCCACAUCUCCUGAACCCAAACCCUCGCCUCCCCUGUCCAUGGUCGGGGAGCAGAAACCCGCGCCCCCGCCUCGCCGGCGCCGCCGAAAGCCCAAGCGCAUGGUGAUGAUUGACUCGGAGAGGGAGAUCUCCAGCUGCAAGGGGACGCACUCGGACGUGGCGCUCUUUUUCGUGCACGGGGUCGGCGGCUCGCUAGACAUCUGGGGCAGCCAGCUGGACUUCUUCUCGCGGCUAGGGUAUGAGAUCAUCGCACCUGACCUUGCGGGCCACGGGGCCAGCACGGCCCCCCACAUUGCGGCGGCCUACACCUUUUACGCCUUGGCCGAAGACAUGCGUGCCAUCUUCAAGAAAUACGCCCGUAAACGCAACAUCCUCAUUGGGCACUCCUAUGGGGUAUCGUUCUGUACCUUCCUGGCCCAUGAGUAUCCAGACCAGGUUCACAAGGUAGUGAUGAUCAAUGGAGGGGGGCCCACAGCUCUGGAGCCCAGCCUCUGUUCCAUCUUCCAGCUGCCUUCUUGUGUGCUGCACUGCCUGUCUCCCUGCCUGGCCUGGAGCUUUCUCAAGGCUGGGUUUGCCCAUCAGGGAGCCAAAGAGAAGCAGCUGCUGAAGCAGGGCAAUGCCUUCAACGUGAAUCCAUUCGUGCUACGUGCCAUGAUGAGCGGGCAGUACUGGCCCGAGGGGGAUGAGGUGUACCACGCUGAGCUAACCGUGCCCAUCCUGUUGGUGCACGGCAUGUACGACAAGUUUGUGCCCAUUGAUGAGGACCAACGCAUGGCCGAGAUCCUUCUGUUUGCUUUUCUGAAAGUCAUCGAGGAGGGCAGUCACAUGGUGAUGAUGGAGUGCCCUGACACAGUCAACACCCUCCUGCACGAGUUUUUCCUAUGGGAGCCUGACAUGUCCAAAAAGAACGCCGCCAAGACUGAUCCUGACAAGACUGUCAUAGUCAAUGGUGUUGUCGCCCAGACACCAAAACCAAACAAGCCCAUGGACAAAUAACCAAUAAUGAGUCUCAUUUUACAUGAGCAAACCCAAUCCGAGGGCCUGUCUUUGGCAGGUGGCACGUGGUCUUAAGGCUGCUCGCAGGCUGAGAGCUGUUAUUAACUGGGCCAGAUUUUGUUGUGGAAGUGGAGGGGAGGCACCUGGUGCUCCAAGCUAGAGUUGGCAUUUGAAUAGGACUGUGGCAAGAAAAAUGAAGAAAAGGAUGGAAAGAAGAGGAAUCUGACAUGAGAUGUGUGUUUCUCUUUCCCCUUUGACAGCUGUCUGUGCUUCAUCAUGUGGUGUAUGUAAUCAGACAGACCUCGGGUCCAGAGGAUGUUAUUAAAACACAAUAUCCAUUUGUAAUUCUCACGAGUACCAAACUUGGUUGGUGAGUGGACCAUUGUGAACCAAAGCAAGGAAGACAUGACCAUUAAAUGGUGUGUGGAUCGCCUUGCUACCUAUCAUCCAUUAUCUUGUGAGUAAUAUUUCACUGCUGAUUGGUGUCCUGAUGAAAUGAUGAUCUUAUAAAACUGGGUCCAUAUUAUGGAUUCACUUCAAAGCGGAAAAUAAUUCACUUGGAAAACUGUGAAACUAUCCAGACAAUACGGCAGGUAGCCUUGUGGUUAGAGGGUUGGGCCAGUAACCGAAAGGUUGCUAGAUCAAAUCCCCGAGCUGACAAGGUAAAAAUCUGUCAUUCUACACCUGAACAAGGCAGAUAGGCCACUGUUCCCCGGUAGGCCGUCAUUGAAAAUAAGAAUGUGUUCUUAAUUGACUUGCCUAGUUAAAUAAAGGUUAAAUAAAUGUUUUUUUAGAAAUGACAAUUAAAAAAUACAAGUCAAUGAGUGACUGGUGUAUUAUGGGAGUAAGAUUUGUCAUGUCACAUUGCGAUCCAGUUUGCAUGAGGUCAUCAUCAUGGUAAUCAUCCCCUACUAAGCAGGUUAUAGUGUUGACUGGAUGGAAGUGGUGGAUGGAUUGGUAAUUGUUAUGGCAACAAGUUACUACAAGACAUACACCACACACCUAAACAAAUGGGCCAUACAAGUUCAACAACCUCAUAAAAUAUAAUCAAGCCAAAGUAAAGCUGUUAAAACAUGUCCUUAAGCAAACUAAAUAUCUGUCCGUUGCAGUCAGUAUCUGUCUGUGCAUUCAUUCACACCUGCAGUCUAGGAUACAGGUUCGCUUUUGAAACAGUGAUUCAUCUAUACCCAACAUGGAGCAUUUUGCCUCAAGAACAUUUUGCGGUGUUAUCUGAUAUUAUGCAUUUAGAAACCUAUGCUUACUCUGUGUCUACGUUAUGAAUUAUCUAACCUAACUGGACUAUUUGAAGUUGCUGCAUGAAUAGGCUUUUAAGAUAUUAGAGAAUUUUCUUGUCAAUAUACAGUUGAGAAAUCCAAAAACCUCCCCUGUCCUCUGAGAGUAUAAUCUAAGUGGCAUUAUGGACAGAGGAGACAUUGGACCAAAGCUUUGGUGAUAGGCAAACCAAAUAAUGUAAGAGUAGUCCAUAACAAUUAUUUUUAAAUACUGAUGCUAGUUAUUCAACUAACAAUAGGGCAACUCAUUUUGCCUCUGAAUUUGAUAUAACACCAUUAUGAGUGAUGUUGUUCUUCUGUCUACCAGAUAGUAUAGCAAAGCAUUGUCCUCCACUACCCUCCAGUCAAUCUGUUUGUGCUUGCAAUGUCAACGGUCGUCCAUGAUAAUAAGCUAAAGGACAUAAGUUUUCAGGUGCUCAUUUGUGAACGUUUUCUUGUCUCAUAAUGAGAGUGUGUGAUUUGAUCUGUGAUUAAGAAGUAGGAAGCACAGUAACACAUGUAUCUGAUUCAAUCUCUCCGACUGUUAACAUGCUUUACUCACAUAUGCAUUAACCUGAGAAAGGAUCAGAGAUGAUUAUGCAAUUUCUAAGGAGAUGAGUUAUGAACUGUACAGAAAGAUAAUGCAUAAGUAAUGGAAACAAGUAGGUUGAGGAACAAAUGAGUUUGAAUUGGCUGUUGAAAAGAAGAUGUAUUCAUGUAGACUGUCAAAAAUACCAUGAAGUGCUGCUGAUCCAGUCUGCUUAGGCACUGUAUAGAUUGUUCCGACAGCUAUAUGGAUUGAAGGGCACACAUUUGCUUCCUCCGCUUAAUGUCUAAAAAAAACAGUUUCUCCUAUCCAGUGUGCAAUCAUUUGUGGUUCAAAAUGUGUAAAUGUCAUUAAUGCAUUUAUUCCUAGACAUCAGAACUCAUGCACUGCCUGAAUGUAGGUGCAUAUACAGUUCAGAUAUAUGGACAUGUUCAGUUGAGUGUAUGAAUGUGCCUUUCCUGGCAUGAAAUAAAACAAAUGUUUACAUUA